UGAAAAGGCGAAAAUAUAAAUAAUAAUUUUUGGCACUAAAGUACUGUUUACACUUAAAAAAAUCAAUAGAGUUUUAGCUUGAGUAGAUCACUAUUGAUCAGGCAACAAGAUGGCUCUCUUCGGAAUGGUGUCAGCCGUUUCCGGCUUUGUAAAAAUACGUAGUCUUUUGGAUCGUGCUGUUAUCGAUAACAUGGUUUUCCGUUGCCAUUAUAGAAUUACAACAGCGUUAUUGUUUUUUUGUUGUAUUAUCGUAACGGCAAAUAAUUUAAUUGGUGAUCCGAUCGCUUGCAUCAACGACGGCUCCAUACCGAUGCAUGUCAUUAACACUUUCUGUUGGAUUACGUACACGUUUACUAUACCGGGUCAGCAGCACCGUCAAAUUGGUACCGAGGUAGCAGCGCACGGUUUGGGCAAUGAGUAUGGACAAGAGAAACGUUAUCACAGUUAUUAUCAGUGGGUGCCAUUCGUAUUGUUCUUCCAGGGUCUCAUGUUCUACAUACCACAUUGGAUUUGGAAGAAUUUGGAAGAUGGCAAAAUGCGCAAUAUAACUGAGGGUCUGCGCGGCUUCAUCACCAUGCCUGAGGAUUAUCGCAAGGAUCGUCAAGCGCGUAUUAUUAAGUAUUUUGUCGACAGUUUAAGCACACAUAGCAGUUACUCCUUCGCCUAUUACUUUUGUGAGGCUUUGAAUUUUGCUAAUGUCGUAUUGAAUAUAUUCUUGGUGGAUAAGUUUUUGGGUGGCGCAUUCCUGACAUACGGUACAGAAGUAAUUAAAUUCUCGAAUAUGGAUCAAGAUCAUCGUUUCGAUCCGAUGAUUGAAAUCUUUCCACGCUUAACCAAAUGUACUUUCCGUAAAUUCGGUCCUGGCGGUUCACCACAGACACACGAUACCUUGUGUGUGUUGGCAUUGAAUAUUUUGAAUGAGAAAAUCUACAUUUUCUUGUGGUUCUGGUUCAUCAUUUUAUCCGUGAUCUCUGGCGUUGCUUUGGUUUACUCACUCGUCGUCAUUAUGAUGCCGACUACACGCGAAACUAUUAUCAAACGCUCAUACCGCUCCGGACAGAGCAAGGAAAUUCAAUUUUUGAUUCGUCGUUUGGACAUUGGUGAUUUCCUUGUUUUGCACUUUUUGAGUCAAAAUCUCAAUACAAAGUAUUACUGUGAAAUGGUACAUGAGCUAUGCACCAUACUUACGAAUUCCCGCACGCCAUCUGCACCAUCUACAAUGGAAAUGCAGAAUAUAUAUCCAGCAGUAGAUCAAUAUGGCAAGGAGACCGAGACAUAAAUGCAAGUGAAAGUUGAUAAGACCGCAAAAAAAUUUUCUUUAGAAAAAAAAAAAAAAAACAAACGAAAAAUGAUUUGAAAAGAUAAGGCAACAGAGGAAAAAUGACGGUAAAACCACAAAACACUAAAAAUGCCAUUAUAAAAAUGUAAUACAAAAAUAUGCAAAAGACACAUGAAGUUAAGCAGUAGAGAGUGAACCUAAUAGAUACGGUUAAUGCAAUCCUCCAUUUAAAUAAAUAUUAUUCAUAUGAUUUGCUGUUCGCUCUACCCCAGAAGCAAUUCAAUGAAAAUGGGAAAAUAAAAUAAAAAUUACACCAACAAUGAAGAUAUACAUAAUUUUCCUGCAUACUUAAAUUUAAGACUGUUUAUUUCGAAUUCUGGUAAAAACAGAAAAUUUGAACAAAAAAACUUGUGCCAAGCAAACACAAUUAAAGACAGAAAUACAAAGUAAAAUAUGCUUUAUACUAACAAAGUUGAUAACAUUAUAAAACUUGAAGGUACGCAUGAGACUAUCAUGAUCGCUACAGUGCAAUUUUCGUUAUCCUUUUUAAAUAACACUUUACAAAGCAUCGGUCGUGACAUAGACAUUCACUUAUACAAACAUACAUAUACGCACAAUAAACGAAAACACCAACAAUUUACUUAUAGAAUUUAUUAUAUAAACAAAUAAUACGAAUACAUUGUCUAAUAGAUAUUGCUCAAAGCCAAUAUAAAUAUGUACUCGUAGGGGGAGCGCAGAAUAAAUAAAAAAAAAUAUUUCUAAUAAAUUUUAUUCCAACUAUGUAUGUAAAUGUGUGCUUGGCGUACAAGCAACAAUUACCUUCCACUACAACUACUUUUAAACGUUUAUUUACUUUAAUUACGUAUGUGCAUUUCUAUUUUAUAACUUUUUAGUUGUUAAAUUUAAAAUGUAAUAACUAAAUGUAAGACUUUAGAUUUUAUUUAAAUGAUCUUUAUACAUACACACAAACAGAAAAGAAAUUGUCAAAACUAAAAGCUGGAAAUUUUGAUAGGUAAAAGAAAAAUCGUAAAUAAUCUUAUAGAUUUUGAAUAAUGAAUUUGUAUUUAAAUAAUCUAAAAUUUAGAAAUUCAUUUACGAAAGAAAAAUGUGAACAUUGUGAUUAUUGAUAGGGUGACUUCUUUAAAUAAAUUUUUUUUCUAUUUUAUGAAGCGAUAAUCAA